UGAAUACAUUUGUUUGGCUGUUCGGUACGUUUAAUUUUUGCGUUUGUUUUGGUAACAAUAUGAGCGACUAUAUUGUUAUUGUCGACGACAACGAAAACGACUCCAACGGUGCGCCUUCGCAAUUGAAGCCUCGUCGACCAAGAAAAUCAACAGCAGGCGAAAGAAAAAUUAUGCACCUAUGGACCGACAAUGAAAUCUAUCGUUUAAUUGCGUGUGUAGAACAGCAACGUCGGCUAUGGGAUUUCGAUUUCCCAGAGUACAAACUGAAAAAACUAGACGGGUGGCGAAUUGUCGUGAAUGAGCUGGGAAUUGAUGGCGUGGAUAUAACCGAGGCAAAAGUGAAAUGGUCAUCGCUGCGCACUACUUACAUGGGAAAUUUGUCGAAAUUAAGGAGAUCGAAACAAGUUGGUGAGUCGCAUACCGUCACAUGGAAGUUUUUCGAGGCGAUGAUGUUUCUGGAAGAUAAUAAUAAUGCACAACAUUCAACUUCACCGCUGCCAUUGGAAUCUGAUGCUAUUAAUCAUUCGAUGGUAGAGGAAUUCUCGCUACCAUCACCACCAUCAGCAUUUGAAUACGUAGUCGGCAACCAACGUAAACGUUCAAGAUCGAUAACGCCUACUCCAUCGCCACCAUCAGCAUUUGAAUACGCAGUCGGCAACCAAUGUAAACGUUCAAGAUCGAUAACGCCUACGACAUUCCCAUCACCAUCGCCGUCACCUACACCAUCUGCUGGCUCUUUUAAUUCGCAGGCAAUUUCGGUUGUAAACAGUGCCGUGGCCUCGUUGCAUUCAUGUGAUACAAAUUCAACCUUCUGCGACAAUCUCUUGGCAGAAUUGCGAACACUUUCGGAUACAAAAGCACGAACGUUGCGCUACAAAAUAUCACGCUUGAUGAUGGAUUUUAUGGAAGCAAGUCAGUAACCAACAUCAAAAUUGUGAUGACUGGUAGCAUAACUAGUAAUAUACAUAUGUAUGUAUAUCAUAUCUGCAAAUGUGUCUGCUUCGGCCGCAUGUUUCACAUUUGGAUUUUGGAAUAAAAAAUAAAUUUCGUGAACUAUCAAAAUUUUACCGCAUGUGGACACUACGACUGCAACCAACAUGAUGAACAUUCUUGUGACAUGCGCAUGUGGCUUUUUACAUUGCGUGUACUAUAGGAUUAAGAAACAUCGUAAAUUUAUUUAAAACUUUGGCCCUAAUUUUGUAAAUCACGUCACCAAAGUAAUAUGUAUGUGGAUAGCAAAAAAAAUUAAAUUUUUUUUUUUUGUUUUAUAUGUAUACACAUUCUGAACAGAACAAAAGCACCAACAUUCAGGCAUUGAUUUGACUUUCAUAAUUAGAAAAUUUUUUAUAUAAAACAAAACAAAG